GAAGGGAGGGACUUGGGAAAAAAGUGAACGAACGGGAAAGAGAGAGAAGAACCCCCAGUACGGACGAAGCAGCACUUGGAAGCUGAAUGUGUUUUGUGUGUGUGUGUCGUGUGAAAUACCUGUCUGCUGGCGGAGUUUGAACUGACAAGCAGGGAGCACAACAUUUCCAAUGGCCAGUUCUGGAGAGGAAGUGACUGAGCCAGUGGCUCAUAGUUCAGUCGCUGCAAACCUGGGUAGAAGACGCUUCUCACAAGACCUCCACAAUAUGAAUCCAGAUGAGAUAGAUAGCCUCAUGUCCAGCAGUGAGGGCCGGGCUUUCAUGGUGGUGCACCAUCUCCCUGAAAUAAAGGAGAUAGGUAUACCUUUCUUAAUACCUGGUGUCCCUAUUACCUGCAGAGUGGACAACACAGAGAAGUACACAACACGCUCAAAGGUGCGUGUGGGAACCCUUUACACUGUGCGACUCACACACGCCCAUUUCCACUGGGCGGUGAAGAGGAAGUACAAACAUUUUCAGGAGCUGCAUCGAGACCUCUAUAAGCACAAGAUGAUGAUAAAUUGGCUGCCACUGGGGAGAUUUGCAAAGGACAGGCAGCAGCUGAGAGCCAUGUCAGAGGAAAUGCCGAGCCUACACGGGACUGAAAGGACCAGAAGAACCUCCAGCAAAAUGAAAUACCUGGAAGAGUACCUGAAUGAUCUUCUGGAGAACAACUUCUGUAGGAAUGACCACAGCAUGCUGGAAUUCCUUUGUGUUGGUGCUUUAUCCUUCAUCACUGAUCUGGGACCCAAAGGACUGGAGGGGCCCAUCUUUAAGAGGUCUGGGGGUCACCGUGUCCAAGGUUUGAACUGCAUUGGCCACCAUCAGUUGUGCUUCCGCUGGUCAUGUCGCUGGCUGGUGGUCAAGGACUCCUUCCUGAUGUAUAUGAACCGAGACAACGGGUGCAUCAACUUUGUUCUGCUCUUUGACCCAGAGUUCAAAGUGAAAGUGGGCCAUGCUUACACAGACACCAAGUAUGGCGUCUGUUUUGAGAACUUCACUCGGUCUCUGGUCAUCAAAUGCAGCAGUUACAGAGAAGCGCACUGGUGGAGUCAUGAAAUUAACCAACUGGCCGACAACUCUGACUUUGUCAAGGUGCUGCGUUUUGAGGGGUUUGCACCACCAAGGGAGGAGACACUCACCAAAUGGUAUGUGAAUGGAAGUGGCUACUUUGCAGAUUUGGCUGAUGCACUUGAACAAGCCAAAGAGGAAAUCUUCAUCACUGACUGGUGGUUGAGUCCUGAAGUGUUCCUGAAGAGGCCGGCUGUUAAUAAUUACUGGCGCCUGGAUGAGAUCCUCAAGCGCAAAGCAGAACAGGGAGUCAAAGUGUGUGUGCUGCUUUAUAAGGAGGUGGAGUUGGCGCUGGGUAUCAAUAGUGAACACAGCAAGAGGACUGUGAUGAAUAUGCACCCAAACAUCAAGGUGAUGCGUCAUCCUGACCAUGUGUCAUCUGUCGUGUUCCUGUGGGCUCACCAUGAAAAACUGGUGGCUAUUGACCAAACUGUAGCAUUUGUAGGGGGAAUUGACCUGGCGUUUGGGAGGUGGGAUGAUAGCCAGUAUCGACUAACUGACUUGGGUUCAACACCCAGCAGUAUAAUGGAAGAAAAGCCAAAGGCAAAGUCAGAUGGUAACAGUGUAACUGAUAGUCCAAACCCAUCUGAGACGGUCAAAAACCUGGAGCAGGACACAGUGGAUCUGACUCACAACACUAAACUGUGGCUCGGUAAAGACUACAAUAACUUCAUCCAGAAAGACUGGGUCCAACUUGACAAGCCAUUUGAAGAUAACAUCAACCGCACACGAGUGCCACGCAUGCCAUGGCGAGAUCUGUCUGCAGCAAUUCAUGGCAGAGCUGCUAGGGACGUGGCACGCCACUUCAUCCAACGAUGGAAUUUCACAAAGAUAUUUAAGCUCAAGUACAAAGACGACUUCUAUCCCUACCUUCUACCCAAAUCUCAGUGUACUGCUGACUCACUCACCUUCACUGUUCCUGGAUCUAGGAAAGCCAAAGUGCAGGUAUUGCGCUCUUCAGAUCGUUGGUCAGCGGGCACCUGUGAGAACUCUAUCCUCAAUGCCUACAUUGACACCAUCAAGAACAGCGAGCACUACAUUUACAUUGAGAACCAGUUCUUUAUCAGCUGUGCUGACGGGAAGACCAUCCAUAAUGGGAUCGGUGAUGCAAUUGUGGAACGAAUCCUGCGUGCUCACAGAGAGCAGAAGAAGUACAGAGUGUUUGUGGUGAUUCCUCUACUCCCUGGAUUUGAGGGAGACAUCAGUGCAGGAAGUGGAAAUGCCAUCCAGGCAAUACUGCACUUCACUUACAGGACUAUAUGUCGAGACGAGUGCUCAAUCCUGACGAGACUGCAUGAAGUUAAAGACCAGUGGACUGAGUACAUCACACUGUGCGGCCUAAGAACACAUGCCCAGCUUUCUGGCUCACUUGUCACAGAGCUCAUCUAUGUUCACAGCAAGGCUCUCAUUGCUGAUGACCGCUGCUAUAUCAUUGGCUCAGCUAACAUCAAUGACCGCAGCAUGCUGGGCAGCAGGGACAGCGAGCUGGCAGUGUGUGUGGAAGAUGAAGAGAGAGUCCCGUCUGUCAUGGGAGGGGAGGAGUACCAGGCAGGACCGCUCACACUCGCACUGCGCAAAGAGUGCUUUGGAGUUCUUGUCGGAGCAACUACAGACCCCAGUAUCAAUAUUGACGAUCCAGUCAGUGAUGACUUUUUCUUCUUGGUCUGGAAUGAAGCUGCUAAACUGAAUGCUUUGAUUUACGAAAAGGUCUUUAAAUGUGUGCCCUGCAAUGCUAUCCACAACAUGAGAGAGCUAAAGGAAUAUUCCAACCAGGAACGCCUUUGUGACACGAAUCCUGAGCAGGCCUUAGAGGAACUGAAGGCUGUCCGAGGUCUGGUGGUCUACUUUCCCCUGAAGUUCCUUUGUGAGGAGAACCUGCUGCCUCCACUGAACACCAAAGAAGGCAUGGCACCUGUAGGGCUGUGGACGUAACAGCAGCUCAUCCCACUGAACCAGAGUAGAAUGUGACUUGACAGCUAAGGACUGCACGUCCACUUGCUAUUCCAAAUAGCUCCACAUCAAAUAAUUGUAAGCACAGUAGAUUAAUGUAGUUACAGCACAUGCACUUCAACGGUGGGGGAAAGACUUAACACACCCUAUAUUUUAACAUGUUUUUUUGUGUUUAUCAAUGCUUUUAUACUAUAUACAUGUUACUGACCUAGUUUGAGUAUAACCACUGAAAUUCAGUUUUUCCGGUCAUUUAUAAUUUGGUGUACUGGCCAGUUUGUUCACGAUGUUACUGUCUGCAGUUUGCUAAAUCUACAGUGGAAUCUGAAACACAGCACUGCAAAAGAUACGCAAAUGAAUGUAUGAGUCACGAGAGGAUUGCAAGGUGGUGUUUGAAAUCAAGAAUCUAAUAUUAUCUGGGAACAUAAUGUACAUUACAUGGUGCAGGGUUUUUGGGUAGGUGGGUGGUUGUCUCUCUUUUUCUCUCCCUCUCUCUGAGGCUUCACCUCUCACUGCAGUGCCAGCAAAUCUGUCAGUACAUUUGUGGUUGUUAUGGUGACGGAUAUAAAGAGAUGACUAGAUUGUAGCUGAAAUAAAGACUGGAUAGGGCAGAAAAAGGACAAUGCUGAUCAAAGGAAUAAUUUAGUCAUGUGGGAUUGUGUAGUAGCAUGUAAUAUAAAGAAAGAAGGUUUCCAAUUAUUGAGUAAUUUAAAGGAGGUUUUUUUAACUUUAUUUUUCUCUGUGGCAUGAGACUGACAGCAAAAGAAAUAAGCAGCUCCUUUCCAUUUAAAGAAAUUAUAAUAAAGGUAUUCUGGAAAUGUCAGAAACACUAUUUUUGCCUGAGAAAACUAGCACUGACAGUGGAUGUCAGUAACUACGGAUGAUAACAGCGAGCAUCAACAACAGUUAGCAUAUGGUUGUGCUAACCAUUGUUAGCAUUUUCUUUAAAACAGUCCAUCAACAAACACUCCAUAUUGAUGUGGUGAUGUCCAACAGAAAUCAGGCUUUGCCCCAAACUCAGAUCUCCUGUUUUACAGAAAACUGUCACUGCUGAAAGUAAGAAGCACAUGAAGUUAUUUCAUAGAAGACCUGAAAAUGGGAUGCUCAGGUAGUGUCACCUCACUGUUUUUGGUUUAAAAAUGUAAUUUCUCACCCGGCCAUCAGUACUGGACAAUUUCACACCAGUAUCACUGAAAGAUCUCAUCAGUCUGGUUGACUUUAAGUUCAAGCUCAAGAUCCACUUGUACAGACUUGCUUUUAACUAGUUUUAUGUUACUACUGUGUUUUUAAUUUCUGUGUUUCUGUUUUAUGUUUUCACUGUAAAGCACUUUGUGAUGUUAUCUUAAAAGAUGCUAUAGAAACAAGAGCAAUCCAAGAUAUGGGAUUCACAUCGUGACCUGGUGUUGCAGUCUGAACAGUCCCCUCAUCUGGUCGGUCCCCCUGCCUUCGCUGUGCAUGCGUUAUUUGUGAGCGGCAGCAGCGAUUUUGCGACGGAUCUUUGAAGCUUUUGUACAACAAUCAUUUCUACAUAAAUUCAGCUUUAUUUCAUAAUAAAAGAUGGAGCAAUCAGCGCGACAACAGCGCAUCUGAGACUGACUCUACCGAUCAAAGGGAAUAAUGUGAUUAUUAACCAUCAGAUGACAAAAUAAAACCUCUUACGUCAUUCUAAAGUCAGUUUUAAGCAGAAAUGGGGCGAUAAUCUAUUAAUCGCUGCUAAUGCUCCAAAAUGACGCAUACACAGUGAAGGUAGGGGGAUUGAUCAGACGAGGGGACUGUUCAGACUGUUGGCAUUUACCUGGAUCCGGAUUACCCAACACAAUGCAAUAAUUACAUACUGAUCAAGAAUGGUCCAACUGAUCAAGAUGUUGCAAACUGAUAUUUAAUUCACAAGCUGAAACAAAAUUGUGUCUUCCUGAUCGUGGUCAGGUUUUACAUUGUGAUAUCAUGUCCAUGAAGUAGUUUUGAUGUAAUCCUUAAAAAUAUACAAAGCGAAAUCCGGAUCCAGAUUCAGAUCACAUCCAAAAUAUAAUGGAGUCUUCCAGAGCCUAACACCAUUGUGUGGUGAAAAUUUUGUGAAAAUCCAUUAAGUAGUUUUGAUGUAAUUCUUAAAAUCCGACAAAGUGAAGUGUACAAAUUGAAAUCUUGAUCCAGAAGCCAGAUUCAGGGCACCUCCAAAAUUCCAUGUCUUCCACGGCCUAAUACAGAGGUCUCAAACUCGUUCCAGAAAGGGCCAAAAUGGUGCAGAUUUUCUUUGCAUACACCCACUCCACCAGGUGAUUUCACUGAUUAACAUUACUUUGAGCAGAUGGAAUCAGCCAAAAUUCAGUAGAGUCUUCCAUGACCUAAUAUCUAUCUGUGGUGCAAAUUUGGUGAGAAUCCAUGAAUUGAUUUAUUUUACAUAAUCUUCAAAGCUUAAUUAAAGUGAAAUCUUGAUCCAGAAUCCGGAUCUGGGUCACCUCCUAAAUUUAAUGGAGCCUUCCAUGGUCUCAUAUCUAUGUGGUGAAAAUAUCAUCAAAAUCCCUGCAGUAGUUUUGACAUAAUCCUGCUAACAGACAGACAAAUAAAUAAAUGCCGAUGAUUUUAUUACAGCCUUGGUGGACGAAAUAAAUUUUACUUACUGUAUCUGCUUUAAAGACAUGAGGUGUCCUAUUUUAGCUUCCUCAGAAGGUUUAUAGUAAACAACCAUGUGAGACCAUUGUGGAAGUUUGUACAUUAAUUUGGAAAUGAUUGCUACAUUUAUUAUUUUUUAUUUUAGUCACCCUGAGAAUAAUGUUGCUUAUUAGUAUUUUAAUAGUGGUCCAAACAGGAUAUUCCAGUAUCUACUUUAAAGAUGUCAGGCGGUUGGCUUGUUGACUUUACUUUUCAGAUAUUCCAAAGUGGUGUCUACAGUAUAUUCCUGUAUCCGGGUGACAAAAAAUGUUCUGAUUGUCUACUUGUGAUUGUACGAGGUAUGUUAAAGUGCUUGCCCUUUAGCCAUAACACUGAAAUGGCCUUCAGGAAGUGCAAUUCCCAGAGACUGAUUGGCUUGUCAGUGUGGGUUGUCAAGGCUUUGCCAUUUCUAACAUGUUUGGUGUAAAAUCAGGUUCAUCACUGUGAUCUUGUUGAAAUGUGUUCAUUCCUAGUACUGAACCAUGAGGAAUAUGUAGCUAAUACACUCUAGUCUUUUGCUGGCCAAAUACGUAGUGCCGAUUGUGAAUA